AUGCCUUCAGGUUCCGGGUACGAUGCUGUUGUAGAUGUCGACGAUGAGGGUGACCUCGGUCACACCGAUCUUCAAGACGACCUCGAAUUUCACACCUCAAACUUCGCAGACACAACACCAGGAAGUCGCAAGCCUCCCGCGUCUGGCCUCCCUCCUCCUGCGACAGCUUCCUCGAGCUCCUCGAAGCGCUUCCUGUGGAGCCUGAACUUCUAUGCUCAAUACUUCGAUGUCGACACGUCAGCCGUACUGUCUCGUUGCUGGGCCGCGCUCUUCCCUCGAGCCAACUUCCUUGAUGUUCUCGAGGGUAACCCCGACUUAUACGGUCCCUUUUGGAUUGCGACGACAGUCGUCUUGAUUCUCUUCCUUGGAGGCACCAUCAGCCAGUACCUCUCCAGCACCGGUACAGGGCCGUUUGCCUACGACUUCAAGCUUCUGAGUGGUGCUGCCGGCCUUAUCUACGGCUACACCCUCUUCGUUCCCGUCGGCCUCUACGUCGCUCUACGUUACUUCGGGUCCGAGUCUGCAAACCUCCUUGAAUGCUGGGCCCUCUAUGGCUAUGCCAAUCUCAUUUGGAUUCCUGUCGCUCUCAUCAGUUGGUCGCCCAUCAACAUUCUCAACUGGGUGUUCGUCGCUGUCGGCUGUGGCAUGUCUGUCGCUUUCCUUCUGCGAAACCUUUACCCUGUGUUGAGUGCUACGGACCACCAGACGAGCAAGAUUCUCCUCAUCGUCGUCGUCGCGCUUCACCUCGGCCUCUCCCUGGCCAUCAAGAUCCUCUUCUUUGCGCAUGGAAGCCCUGUCGCGAGCACCCCAGCGCAGCCUCCCGCCGCUGCGCCGCCCGCUGAAGGCCAGCCCCCUCAACUCUUCUGA